AGGGUUAAGCCAGGAAUAAGGGGAUAUCAUUUCUUCCAAUUGAUCUUAGUAGACCUCUUUCGGACCAAGGUCCUUUUGAUAUUGUGUUGCACAAGAUGACAGGAAGAGAGUGGCGCCAGAUUCUCGAGGAGUACAGACAAACACAUCAGAACGUCCUAGUUCUUGACCCUCCGGAGGCUACUAAACAUUUACAAAAUCGCCAAUCAAUGUUACAGUGUGUCGCCGAUAUGAAUUUAUCUGAAUUUUAUGGAAAAGUUGGUGUUCCAAGGCAAUUAGUCGUUAAAAGAGAUGCAUCAUCCAUUCCUGAUUUUGUAGCCGAAGCUGGGUUGAGAUUGCCCCUUGUUGCUAAACCAUUGGUUAAUGAUGGAAGUGCAAAAUCACAUGAACUAUCACUUGCUUAUGAUCGAUAUUCUCUCCAGAAACUUGAACCUCCACUUGUUCUGCAGGAGUUUGUUAACCACGGAUGUGUUCUCUUCAAGGUUUUUAUUGUUGGAGAAGCCAUUAAAGUGGUUAGGCGUUUCUCUUUACCAAAUGUAACUAAACAAGACCUCUCGAACGAUGUUGGUGUUUAUAGAUUGCCGCGGGUUUCUCGUGCUGCCGCUUCUGCAGAUGAUGCAGAUUUGGACCCUAGUGUGGCUGAACUUCCUCCCCUGCCCUUACUUGAAAGACUGGCCAAAGAACUUCGUCAAAAACUGGGUCUUCGGUUAUUUAACCUAGAUAUUAUCCGGGAGCAUGGAACCAGGGAUCAUUAUAAGGUCACUGACAUCAAUUACUUUCCUGGGUAUGGGAAAAUGCCUGGGUAUGAACAGAUGUUUACAGACUUCAUCUUGAGCCUUAUGCAGCAGAAUCGAUAAAAGAAAAGGGAAAAUGGGGGGAAAAAAAGAAUGCUCAGCCUUUUGUUACUUGAAUGGUGCUCCAUUGACGGAUAAGAGUAUAU